GAAACAAGACCUACCCUCUCCAAAUGGAUUGGCAAAAUUCUUGUGCACGUAUUGCCACAUGACGAGUUCUGGUCUUGGUGCAUGUGGAGGUGGGAGUGGACGCUGGUCAUGAAAAUUAAUGACAGCGAGUUGGACUUCAGCAAUCCAGGAUGAAAGACUGGGAUAGACACACAAGAGACCAAGUUACACCCUUUUCCAAGAUCUGGCUUGGUAUGAGGAUCGGAGGUCAGACUAACGUCAUCGUCAUCGAUAAGCAGGUGAGCUCUCUGUACUCGUUGAUUGCUGACGGGAAAUACCGCAAUACCUCACUUGGCUGUGACAUGUGGAAGACGCUGAUAGGUUCGCAAGCUUCCUUACAGCCCAACUGCAACUUGGAAGGCUUCAACGCGAAAGAGGGAUCACCCUGCAAAUCAAGAAUCGGGAUCCUUGGUAACGAUGAAAAGCAAUGCGACUCUUCAAAUUCUAGGAUUGGGUUUGGUUCAGCGGGAUCUCCUGAUGAAUCCAACACGUCUGGAAACGUGGCUGGGUGGAACGGAGAUAAUGGGCAGAAGAAAAUUAAAACCAUGGGAUAUUGCUUGGUUCAGUGACGUUCACAAGUUAGUUUUUGCUGCUUUAUGUGCCACAAAGUUUCGAUUUGGCUUGAUGGUAGUAGACAUUCCAUCUUAACACUAACCGUACUGGACGCUUAACGAAAAAAAAUUACAUAAUCUCUUGACAUGCAUGAGAAGUUAAGUUGAUGUUAAAAAUAUAAUAAAAAUAAAACUGGUGAUGGGACAGAAUAACUCAAUGAAGCUUUAAUACAAUCUUGGUCUAGUAAACUACCCUAUUCCUCGCCUCUAAAUUCUUGAGAAAUUUUUUAUAAUCAG